AUGCUCCUCAGCUUUAUCAUUUUGGACAAUGACAUGCUGAUGCCUGGCCCCAUCACAAUGCAGCUGCUUGAGGCGCUCCUGCCACUCUUUGACCACGCCUGUGCCAAGCUGAGUCCCGUGCAGCCAAUGCUGAGGUCUUUUGUUCUUCCUUCCAUACAGAACAAUUGGCAGAUUCAGCUGAUCUCCAUACUGCUCUUCAGAACAUUGCUGACUCUUCCACAGGAAAAGGAUAAAAAGGCCCUGAAGACACCCCUGCGCCAGAGCCUGCUGCCCCUCUUCUUCCACUGCCAUGAUGAGAAGCGGCUUGUGGCACAGGCUUCUCAGGAAACGCUGCUUGGUGUGGCCGAGUUCCUGAAGAGAAGGGAUCUUGAAAGACUGGUGAAGAGGCAGAAUCUGUGGAUGUUCAGCGAGUGUCUGCUGGCAGAGGACAGGAGCCGAGCGGCCGAGCACCUGCGCCGGGCCCUUCCCUACCUGCAGAGCCCACAGGAGUCCCUGCGAGCAGCGGCCAUCAGGUUCAUGGGCAUGGCCGGGCGGCACCUGAGGGGGAAGAAGGAAGAGCUGCAGCUGAUCUGCACUGCCCUUGAACCCCAGACAGAGGACAUCAGCAGUGCCGUGUCGGAAGUGGCACUAGAAACACUGUAUGUCCUCCGGGCACUGCAGAGUGAGCGAUAUUCCCUCUUCCAGAGGCUGCAAGAUCAGCUCCGCAGGGCAUGGAGGGCACGACCUCGUCUGGCGGGGCUCGGCUGGCUGCGCUGCUGCAGCUCUGCAGAGACCUGAUGCCAGAGGCUCUGUCUGCUGGGGCCACCUGAGCCAGCUGGAAUUUUCCAUUUCUUUAAGA